AUGAGGAUGAAAGGUCUUAAACAGUUCAGAAGAAGUGGGUUGCUUUUAUUCACGUCUUUCUAUGAUUUUUUUUCAGGUGGAUCCAUGCCUAAAUUGGUUGCACCAAUUUUAGCCAAUUUCGAUUCAGUUAUUCUAUCUAAAACGCGGUUCUUUGUUGUGGAUGAACGGAUGGUUCCAUUAACAGAUCAAGAAUCAAAUACUGGAUCCUAUAUGCGUCUUUUGCAACAAAUAACACCAUCAUUUCCACAAUAUUACCCGAUAGAUAAUACGAAUGAAUGUGCGAAGAAUUAUGAGAUUGCCUUAAGAGAUAUGAAACCAACGAUAAAGGAUGGUUGGCCAGUUUUUGAUCUUCUUUUGCUUGGCAUAGGUCUUGAUGGUCAUACAUGUUCUUUAUUCCCAGGACAUCCAAUCCUUGGGGUAAUCCUCGGUUGGGUAGCUGCUAUUGAAAAUUCACCAAAACCGCCACCGAAUCGGAUCACAUUAACCUUACCUGUCUUGAAUCAUGCCCGUAAUGUUUGCUUUAUUGUUACAGGGAAAGAGAAGACAAAUAUACUAAAGGUUUGUUCUAAAUACAGCUUUUCUUACAAUACGUUAUUCGCAAUAUUUUUUGGUUUGGUUAGAUUCAUUGAUUACUAG